AUGAUGGUGUCAAUGACUAAUGUUAAUUACAUUUUUGUGGCCCAGGAUGUCGAUCACAGGUGUUUAGUUCCAAAAUGCGAAGAUCUGAAUCCAGUUGUGGAAAAACCUCACUGGUGGCCGAAUGAUGUGGACGUAAGAUGUUCUCAACCGGUUGUAGAUGAAGAGAAGUAUCUGCAAAAUGAUAAAUGUUCAAAUGAAACCUUCUACAAAGAAUUAAAUGAAUGUCACGAGUGGGUUUAUGAAAAUAACGAUUCUGUCGUAUCCGUUACUACAUAUUUAGAGGCAUUUCCAUCUUUGUUGUUCAUGGUAUCAGCCGUCAUCUCCGCUCUUCUGCUUUCAUUUACACCGGAAACGAAGAACCAACCCAUUUUUGAUACGAUAAAACAAAUUGAAACGUAUGAGGCAACUGUUCAUACAUAG